AUGUACUUAAAAGCGAAAAAUUAUGAUGAACCGUCGCCAAGUGAAGGGCCUGAUCUAGAAUCUCGUUGGGGCUUGAUAUUUGAUGGAGAUGUUAAUGCUUAUGUAAAUGGAAUUGGGGCAGUCAUUUCCACUCCUCAAGGUUCUUAUAUUCCAUUUACCGCAAGAUUGACAUUCACUUGUACAGACAACGUGGCAGUGUAUGAAGCAUGCAUUAUGGGUCUUGAAGAGGCUAUCGACUUGAGAAUCAACAUUCUGGAUGUAUACAAAGAUUCAACUUUGGUGAUUAAUCGGAUUAAAGGAGAAUGGGAAACUCGUCAGCCUGGUUUGAUUCCUUACAAAGAUUAUGCGAGGAGGCUGUCAACUUUCUUCAACCAAAUUGAAUUUCAUCAUAUACCUCGUGAGGAGAUUCAGAUAGAAGAUGCUCUGGAAACUUUAUCCUUCAUGAUUGUUAUGAACCAGUGGAAUGAUGUGCCCACAAUAAAUGUUAUGCCCUUUGAUAGACCUGCUUAUGUGUUUACUGCAGAAGAGACUCUUCAGCAAGGCGGGCUUCAGCUUCAGCGGCAGCUUUGGCUUCUGCUUCAGCAGCAGCAGCUAGAGUUUUGGCUUCAGCUUCCUUUAUCCUUUGCAGUUCUUCUUGCCUGGCUUUCUCUUCUGCUUCCUUCCGGGCUCGCUCCUCAGCUUCUCUGGCUAGGCGCUCCUGUAAUCUGA